AAAUGGAUAAUAUUUUAGCUGCUAAGGAGCAAGAGGAUAAUAAAUUUGAAGCGGAAGUUCAAAAUAUCUCAAUAUGUGAGACUAAUACCAGGCAGAAUAUAUGCCCAAACAAUGCCAAACUCCAAGGAAUAGAAGAAGAGUUAACCCUAAUCCAAACAGAGCUAAAUAAUCGCACAAAUACUUCAAGCUCAGAAGCACGAAGUCCCAGUGAACUGCAGGACUCAUUACUCUCCCUCAGAGAAGCCCUUGAUGAUCCAACUCUAAAAAUAGAGAUAGAGGAGUCUCAAGAAUUUUGGAGGAGAUACAACCAGCUUUGGGAGAACCUCCAGAACCAACUUGGCAGGCUUGAGAAUGAGGAGGUCAAGAUAUCAAGUGCAAAGGAAACACAGAGCAGCUCUGAGCCUAUAAAAGCCAUUACUCUUCUCCCUAAAGCGCCAAAACCUGCAACUUUAUCACCAAAAAGUCUGAAGAAUAGACUGGUACUUGAAGAAAAGAUCUGUAAAGACUCCAUUGAACUAUCAACUGAAAUAUUUAUGGCAUUUUCUGAGAGCUGACAGGGACUUAAAACUAGUACCAUAAAAUACUCCGGGGUUCCUUUGAAUCCGUUAUUAGCUCAGGAUCGUAUCCUUAUGAGGAAGACUCCUGUUAGUAUUCCAAGCUCAAGUUACGCAACUGUUAAUAGUAUCCCUGUGAAUGACAAGAAACUCAAGUAUUUCUUAGAAAAGAAAUUCCCUGAUUGACUUCGUGUAUUCUAUAUAAACAAUGCCUACAAAUAGCAGACUAGUGGCUGUUUCCAAAUACCUGGUCAUUUUCUCCAAGAUAGGCAAUAAGAUUCUUUCUGAUGUAUUCUUGUCCAAUUUUCACAUCAAAAGUAAGCUUGGUUAUAAGCAAGAUUAUCAAUAUUUCAAAUUUUAGUAGAAAAUUGAACUUUUAGCUUACUUUUAAACUGAAUAAGCAGCUUAGGCGGUACAGCGGUGACAAAAUUUAUGCCUCUGAUUUAUCUGAGCUGAGAUU